AAGGCAUGGUAUUGGCAGGUGCGCACAGUGUGUAAAUGGACAGUCCCGCAAAUUAUUGGCCCCAAAAGGGCAUUUUGUCCAGAAGAGAUGUCUUCAAAUUAUGUCGAUGGGAGUGUUUCUAAAUAUAAAUGUGAUAGGUCUGUAAUAUUUACAACUUUUGGAAGUAUAGUCCACGAUGUGUGCUAAUAAUAAUAAUGGCGGUCGUGAAAGUUGUUGUGGUAGUGUUGGUUAGCGACCUAUGUAUGUAGCAUAUGCUUGCCCCCGCAUGCAUGGAAUUAUUGACGAAAGAAAGCAUGGAUGCGGAGUAUUAUUUCGGUGACGGCUACACUUCAUUUCACUUGUUGCUGAACUAAACUGGAGAAGUAUGACCCAGGUGUUGCCCGUCUCUGAUGAGAUGCACCCCGAGGGCUAUCAGUCUAUACCCAUGAGCCAUAAGGCCCUAGGGCAGACUCGUUCCAACCCUGCUGCGGAUGAGGUGGACAAUGUUAAUUUUGAGGACAUCCAUGUCCCCGGGGUGGCUGAUAACAAUGAGAUCAAGUGGAUAAGAAGUCACCUGAAAUGCAGAGUAUGCUCACGUUACAAACCCCGAGAAGAAGAGGGGUCCGGACAGGCCCCCCACGGGAGUUCUCACCCAAAAUGUUAUUGUGGAUACAAGAGAUCUGAGCAUUCCUCAGCUGCCUUGGACAAUCCCCGUCCAGAGGAGCCAUGGAGGGAAGAAACACACACCAUGAGAGUGCCAACCAAUGCGUUCGGAGACAUAGAGUUUGUCGGGUUUGGACAGAAAAUUGGCAAGUAUGUACGAGUGGACCACAAGACGGACACUGGCCUCCUGCUCCAGCUGAUGAUGAACCACUGGGACUUAGAGCAUCCCAACCUCCUCAUCUCUGUUACUGGUGGAGCCAAAAAUUUCCUCAUGAAACCCAGACUUAAGGAGGUCUUCAGGAGAGGCCUGAUGAAGGCUGCACAGAGCACAGGAGCAUGGAUCAUCACUGGAGGAACACAUGCCGGGGUGAUGAAGCAUGUAGGGGAGGCUGUACGGGACUACGGGCUAGCACAAACUUCACAGAAGAAAGUCAUCGCGAUUGGUAUAGCCACCUGGGGCUGCAUUCAGCGGAAAGAAACGCUAAUUAAUGAGAAUGGCAUGUGGCCUGCCCAUUAUCGCCUGGAUGACACGCGUGUGAAAAAAGAGACUGCACUAGAUUCCAACCAUUCUCAUUUUAUUCUGGUGGAUAAUGGCACACAACACCAUUUUGGGGUGGAGAUCCCAUUUAGAGCUGAACUGGAGACAGCCAUUUCUACAAUGAAGACAGCAUCAGGAACUGUGGAUGAUGGCAUUAAGGUGCCCUUAGUGUUACUGGUGCUGGAAGGAGGGCCGGGCACGCUGGAAACUGUCUACAGCUCAAUACGCAAAGGAACACCCGCCGUCAUAGUACAGGGUUCUGGGAGAGUAGCAGACAUACUUGCAUAUGCCUACAAGAAUGCCCAUGAAGAGGAAGUGGAGGUCACUGACCAAGAAGGGAGGACGGUCAAGAGGACGAUCAAGGGCAUGGACGCCCAGACGGAAGCAGAGAUCACACAGAUGAUUAAGGAUGACUUUGGUGAGAGGGACCUGAACACCCAUGUGGGGCGGGUGCGGGAAUGUCUGCAGAACCCUGACCUCCUCACUGUGUUCCAGCUGGACGAUAUGUCGUCGUCAUCGAAAGAUGUGGAUGUCGCUAUCCUGAAAGCCAUGUUGAAGGCCAACAGUAAUCAGGUAAUGGAUCAGCUGCGACUUGCUCUUGCCUGGAACAGAAUUGAUGUGGCCAAGAGUGAAAUCUUCACGGAUGACAGAGAAUGGAAGACGGGCAGUUUAGAUGACAUUAUGCUGUCUGCUAUACUCUUGGACAGAACAGACUUUGUUAAACUAUUUCUGGAGAAUGGUGUCAGUCUGAGAGAGUUUCUCACCAUAAAGCGCCUCCUACAGUUGUAUAACCAGAUUCCACUGAAAAGUCAACUCUACCAGCUGUUGCUCAGGACUAAAAGCAAGACACGUCAAUAUGCUUCUUUACAUGACAUUGGAACCUUGAUCAAAACGUUAAUGGGGGAUUUUUAUGAGCCCCUGUAUUUCCGAGACUCCAGAUACAUGUUCACGGAUGCUGAUGCCCUCAUGCAAGAACCACACGAGACAACUGAACCAGGAGGUAAUAAGAGUGCCAGUGCUUUCAAGCGUCCAGAGAGAGAGCUUUUCCUUUGGGCUGUGAUGAUGAACAGACGAGAGAUGUCCAAACUGUUCUGGGAGGAAUCUAAGGAAUGUAUCCCUUCUGCCCUGGUGGCCAACAAACUGCUGAAGUCCUUAGGGGAGCAGACGGAGGAUUCUGACCUGGAAACCAAACUACAUGCCCACGCUGUUGAAUACGAGGACCUUGCCAUAGGAGUGUUAAAUGAGUGCUAUGAGGCAGAUGAGAAAAGGUCCCUGUCUCUGCUGGUGCGUGAGCUUAAGUACUGGGGAAAAGCUACCUGUGUUCUGAUAGCUGUACAGGCGGACAACAAGAGGUUUAUCUCACACUCCGCCUGCCAGGCUCUUCUCAAUACCAUAUGGAUGGGACAGAUGUCAAAGGAGACAAAGAUAUGGAAGCUCUUGUUGUGUGUAUUAUUUCCACCUGUGCUGUUUUGUCUGAUCCGCUUUGAGAAACUGGAAAAGAUCAGUCAUGACAAGUCAAAAUCUGAGGAUCAUCACAGUGAACCUCGCAUGAGGCGGCAACAAACAAAAAUGUCAGUGAUGACAAACAAUGGUAACAAAUCCACUGAUGAGCCUUUAGAAGACAACUCCUCAAACAGAGAAUCUGGACUGACCGUUGGAGAGAAAUUCUGGUUCUUCUUCAAUGCUCCUGUGAUCACAUUCUGCUACAAUGUGAUUUCCUACUUGGCCUUCCUUGUUUUGUACAGCUACAUCCUAUUGGUUGUCUUUUCUCCCCAACUAUCCAAUGCAGAGCUGGUUCUCAUUGUUUGGGUGUUCACAAUAUUUGUAGAAGAAUUAAGACAGGUGAUAUCUCAGAGCUCCACGUCAUUAGGCACAAAAAUCAGCAGUUAUCUGCGUGACAUGUGGAAUUUGGUGGACGUUCUGACGAUACUUCUCUUCAUAAUUGGCAUGGUGUUACGGUCAAUACCACACUCUGAUACCUUUGAGGCCGCACGUGUCAUCCUGGCCCUGAAUCUCAUUACGUUUUUUGCUAGACUGCUCCAUAUUUUCUCCGUCCACAAGCAGCUAGGACCAAAGCUUGUCAUGAUUGGUAGAAUGGUUGUAGAUCUGAUGUACUUUGUGGUGAUCCUGCUGGUGAUUAUCGUGGGCUAUGGUGUGGCCUCUCAGGCCAUACUCUACCCUAACACAGAACUGGAACCCGCCAUUAUCAUCAAUGUUCUCAGGAAGGCUUAUUGGCAGAUGUUUGGAGAACUUUUCUUGGAGGACAUUGAAGGCCAGGAUCAGUGCACUUUUGACUACGCGCUGUACUCAAACAACACACUACCUCGCUGCCCCACCGUUGUGGCCACCUAUGUGGUGCCCAUCCUACUGGGCUUCUACAUGUUGCUGACCAAUGUCCUACUGCUUAACCUCCUCAUCGCCAUGUUCAGUUUCACAUUUCAGAAAAUUCAGGACAACACGGACUUGCACUGGUACUUUCUGCGCUAUAACCUGAUCUACGACUACUAUGAUCGCCCUCCCCUGCCCCCGCCCUUUAUCAUUGUCAGCCACCUGUACCUGCUGGCUGUCCGCUGCUUCAGGCGAUGUUGUUUAGUAAAUAGAACCUCUACUAAGGCCACCGUCAGCUUCAGAAAAAUAAUAGAGAGAUCAGAAGAUGAGAAAAGACUGGAAUUGUGGGAAGAUAUGAACCGAGAUGAGUUCAUGCGGAAAACUCAGAUAACGGCAAUGGAAAGUAUGGAGAAUAAAGUGACCGCAUCUCAUGUCAGGUUAGACCAGAUGAUGUCACGUAUGGAUGAGCUGCAGGAACAGCAGAACACCUCAGCAGCUGUGGCCCUCCCUGGGCUGGUUGCACCCACUCUCAAGAUGCCCCCACAGAUUGACCGUAGGCUGGCAAAACUAGAGGAACAGAUGGGAGUUACGUUUGAGGCAUUAGACUUCAUCAUCAAGUCCUUGGCAGAAAACAACAUGGCUGCGAAAUCUGUCAAGAGUCCUUCCAUUCCUAACCUUAAAGCCCAAAAGCAGAAAGAGAAAAAACAGCUUGAGGAGAAAGCUAAGAAGGACAAGGAGCUGGUGAAGAAGAUGAUUGUCGACCGUAAAGAGCUACACUACAAGUCCCGCCAGUCGCCAUACCCAGGCUCCAGUGUGGUGAGGGGGGUGGUGCCAGAUGAGAAGGUGUACUGGGAGGUGGAGUUUGAAGAUUACUCACCUGUGGAAUAUACAAGCCGUGAGGUGCUCAACAAACCAGACUGGGCUGACUCGGCAAACCUGUUAGAUAUGGACCCUGCUGCUCGCCCUAUGUUACCCUGGAACCAAUAUGACAGUUACUGUCGUGUGAACAGGAAGAGCAUCUUGGGUACCUACAAGAUACAGGAUGGGCUACCUCUGAAUCCCCAGGGUCGUACUGGCCUCAUCGGCAGGGGGUUACUGGGCAGGUGGGGGCCCAAUCACUGCGGGGACCCAGUCGUCACCAGAUGGAAACGCAGCGCUGAUGGCAAGCAGAUGAUGGAGGGAGGAAAGCCAGUGCUAGAGUUUGUGGCUGUCCAGCGAGAAGAUAACAAGCAGUGGGCAUUCCCAGGGGGCUUCUGUGACCCAGGUCAGGCUGUAGUACACUGUCUGAGGUCUGAGUUCACCCAGGAAGCCCUGGGUACCUUGAUGAACGACCCUGACAGAAAGGCGAAGAUCAAGACCCAGCUAGACGCUCUGUUUUCCCGUGGGGAGGAGAUUUAUACAGGCUACGCUGAUGAUCCUCGUAACACAGACAAUGCCUGGCUGGAGACUAGGGCUGUUAACUAUCAUGAUGAAAAUGGAGAUAUUCUCAAAUUCUUUGAACUCAGGGCAGGAGAAGGCUUAGAGGGAGUCACCUGGUUAGCAGUCACGUCCAAGGUGCCAAUGUAUGGCUGCCAUGACUUCAUUCUACAGAAGUUAGCCCAGAAGAGAGGCUGUGCAUUCUGAUCACCAUCGUGUCUGCACUGAUAGGAGUUUGGCUUCAGCUAAACUUAACUUCAUAUUCUAACUAGGACGUUAUGGGCCAGUUUAUUGACAGCCUGAUCUACAGGUUUGUGUUGGCCGUGUGUGGCCUUCGAAUCAGGGUCUUGUGAUAUCCAGGGAGUUUGUCAUAUGAAGCUUGCUUACCUGUGUUUUUGUGAUGGCCAGGCACAAAAUGUGAUCAGGAUUUUCAGGUUGUGCCAGUCUACUUGACAGCAGAAGGUACAAACCCGAAUCCAGUGAACAUUUGCACAUACUGCAUAUUGUCGUUUGGAUUUGAUGAAGAACCAAAAUGAUGAAUACCAAAGUGUCAAGUACCAAAAUACUGCUUAUUCUUCACAAAACCAUAAUAAAUGCCGUAAUAGAAGGGAAGUAACUCUUGUUGGCACUGGACGAAACCAGAUCCCAGUCAUUCUGAUUUUGUCUGGAACACUUUCAUUUUGUUCAUUUUAGGUCUAAAGAUGAGAAAACCAAGACAUUGUAGGAUAAAUGGUGAUGGGGAUCUUGUGAUAUGGUUAUUUGAUGAUCCUCCAUAGUUACCCAUUCUCAUCUGUACCAUCAACACAUCCUUCAUCCUCAUAAUGAUACCCUGAUGACAGAAAACCUUAGAGCUGUUGUAGCUGUAUUUAUGGUGUAUUUUUGGAGCAUAACUUUAUGUUGGAUUUUUCUAGGUGUAAGAUAUUAACACUUAGUGGUUUCGUAAUAGCCAAUCGGUUUUAAAUCUAACGGCUUGUUCCACUCUAAAGAAAGCUCCCUUGGACUAAGGGACAUUUCAUCAACUACACACACGUAUACAUGUACCAUAAAUAGAACUUGAAAUGUACAUGUAUAUGAAUAUACCUUGAAUAGAUCUUUGAUUGCACAUGUACAUCUAUACAAGAUAUAUUUAGGUUUCCUCUCACCAUAAUGCUGGCCGCCGUCGCAUAAGUGAAACAUACUUGAGUACGGCAUAAAACACCAAUCAAAUAAAUGAAUGAAUCUAUGGCAGCUCUGCAGUCCUGUAGGUUGUGUAAUUCACAUCCACUGUAAUUUAUAUUAUUAGUAUCAUCAUUGCACUCUGGGUAGGGUAUCUACAUGUACUUCAAUCUUGGCACAAUCUGACAAAUACACCUUUACUGCCAAUGGUGCAUUAAACCCUUAUCAUUCAUUCAUCUUACUUGAGUCAUACUUUUGUGUGGGUAGAGUUGUCUUGCAGCUCCAAAAUGAAAACAGGAGUUCUGGGUUGUAUAAUCUAGUGAACAAGGAGUAGAUCCAAACCAUAUCAGAUACAGUCCAUGUAGAGUGUGUUAUGUCUUACAAACAUAUAUACCAGUUUUAGAAGGAUUUAUACGUUAAUGUGGAGUAAUAAUCCCAGUUUAAUUGGACCUACAAUCAGUAUGUUAAUGCGAUUUUUCCGUCACAACCGGAGAUGGCCUGUAAUGUUUUCUGGUUCAUACUGCUGUUUCCAUGACAAACUGUCAUCGACCAAAAACCAAAGUGUAACCAAAGGGUAUUGUUGUGAGGGUACUGUGUUUAUAUUUGUGAUAAUUAUUGUUAAUUGUGCUUAUUAUUACUGAUUUCUGUAGCAUUGAACCUACAUUACAAAGGUUUGUGAUGAUUAAAUAUUUAUAAGGUUUUUUUCCUUUCAUUGUAUGAAGAUCUGUACUAGACAGUUGGAAGGCCAUUUGCGUCAUCAUGAAACAUGUUGUGUUCUGCCAUAUUCCAGAAGUAUGACUACAGUAACAGAUGUUUCGUGAAAACACUGUGGGUGGAGUCUCUAGUACAUGUGUAAUGAGAUCUGUAAAGAGCAGAUUAAAGCUCUUCCACUACAGGUGAAAUAGGACCUAAAUGGCAGCAAGCUCUUGUGUGUACGUGUAUUUGUGAUUUGGUACAUACAGCGUGGUGUCAGUAUUUGGUGGACUCAUAUUGUGGGGUAUAAUAAUACAUAAGGUGCAGCAAAUCAAGCGUAAUUUGAAAUUUGUGGAAGAAAUUAUCUUUUUUUGGUGUUUUUGAUGAUUUUAACAUUUGUGAAUCAAUAUGAAAUUAAUUCCAUGGGCUUGCUGUAAGUUUGAUUGACACAGGUGAAAAUAUAAAGUACAAUGUAAUUAUUUUACUUAUAGGCAGUUUCUGGACAUAAGUGUUUAUGUGUAUAUUUCUAAAGUGUCAUCCCUCGAUAAUGAAGAUAAUUCGUAUACCAGUGUCAUCGUUUUAUUUGAAAACUGUUUAGUCACAUGAGCAUUUUUUCUCUUGUGGCUUUUCUGAUUCAUGAAGUUAGCUUUACUGUUUGAUGUACUGGAGGUUCAUUGCAUAACUUUUAAAUAUUUCAGAAGAUUUUAGAUUGCACUUUUUAAUUGGAAGAAUAUAUUUAUUGAAAUCAUUUGUUAAAUUUAUUGUCAGUUGCUUUUUGAUAUCUGUCUUUUAUAUAUUGUUCACAUUUUCUCAGUGGUUCCAGUGUCAAUUUCUUUUAAGAUCUGAUCCAUAUAGUAUUAAAGUUCUGUUGAACCCU